GCCGGGCGGCCAUGGCGGCCAUGGCGCAGCAGCGGGUCCUGCCGCAGAGCAAGGAGACCCUGCUCCAGUCCUACAACAAGCGCCUCAAGGACGACGUCAAAUCCAUCAUGGAUAACUUCACCGAAAUCAUCAAGACGGCCAAGAUUGAGGACGAAACUCAAGUCUCUCGAGCAACCCAGGGUGAACAGGAUAACUAUGAGAUGCACGUCAGAGCUGCAAACAUUGUCCGAGCUGGUGAGUCCCUGAUGAAACUCGUGUCAGACCUGAAGCAGUUCUUGAUCCUCAAUGAUUUUCCCUCUGUGAAUGAAGCCAUCAACCAGCGCAACCAGCAGCUGAGAAGCUUGCAGGAGGAGUGUGACAAGAAGUUGAUUGCACUACGGGAUGAAAUCUCCAUUGACCUGUACGAGCUAGAAGAAGAAUAUUACUCUUCCAGCUACAGUCUGUGUGACAGCAACGAUCUCCCCCUGUGCGAAGCCUACUGGAGACAAGACUUUGCCACGCUGUCCCCCGAAAGCCUCUCCAUGCCUCUGGCAGCUGCCGCAGCGGAGCAGAGCGCUGCUCCCUCCCAGAGCUCCACCCCGUCGCACCCCCACGUCAACGGGCACGGGGGGGCCGGCCCUGCCGAGCACUCCUGAAGAGGAUCCUCCGGGUGGCGCCGCUGCUGGACUCUUCCAUCUGCUGUACCGAGCAUCUCCCACUCCCAGGAGAGGGCUCUGGAGCUGCGUUUGCAGCUUUCUGCUCACUGGAUGGCCACGGGGCUCUCUCCAUCCCUGGGACACUGCCAUGAGUGCUCCCCUCCCCUCAGAGAUUGUGAUAAGCCAAAACGAAGCUGAUUGUACUAAUAAGCUAGAGUUAGGUUUGCUUUUCUGUGAUAGUUGCCUGUAGAGUUCAUUAGAAAUCCAGUUUGUUUCCAUGUGAGUCUCAGUAAGUACAGGCUGGAGUGUUUGGAGCUGGAUUUGUUUGGGAUAAACUUGAACCAAAUGCAGGGGCAGUCAGUGUCUGGGGGUCUUGCCCUGCUUCCCGAGGUUAUUGAUAUUCCUGCUGCUUCCGAGCUCUCAGGUGGGCUCUGACAACCUCCCUGCUGCCCAACCAGAGUGAGAACCUUGUAGUAUUUUGUACACAGCCGUCUCCAGUCUCGGAGUACUUCACAAACUGCUGGCUUGCCAUCGUGUGGGAGGAGGCUCCUAGGAGACUUGCCAACGAGCAGUAUUCCCCUUUGGAAAGGGCACGCUGAGGAGUGGGAAGGAGGAGGUGCUGAUUCUCCAGGCUGCAGGCAGGAGCCGGGACACGCUCUAGUGACUCUCAUUCCCUUCUCAGUCUUUACACAGUAACUAAUGGUGGCCGAUAGUUUUGUCUGAUAAAAACAUGCCGGGGUGAGCAGGGCGGGGUGCUCAGGAACUCGCAGUUUCCUUCCCUGGAGCUUGUUCAGCACCAGGGAAAUCUCCUGCCCCUCCCUCUGCGGGUCCUGCAGGCCCUGCCGGGGUUGGGCUGCGGGGGGAGCAGCCAGGGCCGCCCCGCCAGCACCUGAGCCCACGCACCCCCGCGUUCUGCUGCCGCCCCUCCGCUCGUAGGAUGUGAAUUUUUUUUGGGAUACGUUCUGGUUUAUUUUUCCUCGAUUCCAUUGAUUUUUGUCAUUCGCUGGUUUAAUAAAACUCGCUCUCCGUGUGUCACCGUU